CAUUCAGAUUUGGACAUUUGCUCCAGGCAAUACUCGAAAUACAAGAUGUUAACUCGGCAGCAGCUUAUUAAAAUUUUGCCUUUGGUUUGCCAUGGAGCUAGAAGGACUUAAAUCACUGUAGUUGCUAAUGACUUGGUUGGUUAAAGCCUCCCAAGACAUGGCUUCUUGCUGGUUAAUAGCCCAAAUGCUGUUCUGUGGUUGGUGUUUUGGUAUCUAAAUUUGCUGUUUCGGUGUCUAAGGACGCAUGGAGUGUCUGUAAGAUAACUUUAGUGUUUGUACUUCUGUGACUGGAUUUAUUUUUAGGAAGCAUGAAGUAACCAGAAGUUUUGAGUACUUAAUCAGAGACUAGCUGCAUCUGUUUGCAGGAGUAGAGAGCUGAGUUAAUUGGUUCAGUUUGGAAAACAAUGUGUUGCAAGUAUUUGUAUUUAAACUGAUAGUGAAGGUAUUAUACUGGUAAUACUGGAAUAGUAUCAAAAAUUGGUACGGAUGAGUUUUGUAACAUAGUUUAGAAGUAAUUAUUUUGGGACUGUAAUUAAAAAGGGGACUGUAAUUUUGCCUUUUAAGGAAGACUAGAAAAUUUGUGUGGCACAGCAGCAGCUAUUUUACUAAGCUAAACCUCAGCAGGUGAUCCUUGAAAGCGUGGCGGUGCACGACAGGAAAUUAACUCCAAAAAGAAUGCGUUCUCUCAAAGUGCUGCGACAGAAUUGAACAUUUGGUUUUUCUAGUAUCAGAAAUUCCUCCUGAAGACACGGCAAGGACUAUCAGAAACAUCAGAGAGAUCCUGGUACUUUUAAAGAGACUUAAAUCAAAUGCCAGCUGAAUGACCUUGGAGAUGAUUUUAUAUGGAUUCAUUAAUUUUCACUGCUGGUCUUCUAGUCUCAGGAACUCUAAGAUUAAUGAUGGUUUUAACGCUUUAGGGGCCUUUCAAAAAACAAGAUUGUAUACGUUUAAUUACCUGCCUAAUGAUUCCUGAACUAAUCAAGCAUUUACUUAAAACUGAACACAGAAGAUGCUUUCUUUUAAUGUUUUCUGUCUCCAUAGCUGUGAAUAAAAUGAACAAGGUAAUGUCCUGCAAAUACAAGAACAAUUUUUUAAAGCAACUAUUUAUUAUGCAGAUCAUCUAAUAAAUUCAGAAACCUUAAACCCCUGAGAAGAUGAAGCUGAGCAACAGAAUAAUGGAGUAGUAAACAAUGGCAGCUUUUCUAGUCAAAUCAGCAUUUCAUUAGCUUCCCAGCAGAAUGCAGAUGGAAGUUUCUGAGCUCAUUGUGUGGGGUUUUGUGAAAUGAUUCAGUUGUUGCUACAGAGGUGAGCAAUAUCAUGGAUAUACCUAUGAACUCCUGGGUACUGAUCCACUGUAGUAGAUACAACAGAGUUUCUAAAGAUGAUUCUUUUAAAUUGCCAUUGCUGAAAUUAAAUUCAAGAGGAUUUAUUUUGUCUAUGGGGACACUGAAUUAUGAUUCUGGCAUUCAUAAUUGUAAUGGACUAUAACUGUUUAAAGGAACUGUAAAUAUUGACACGAGUCUCCAAAAUUUAUUUUAAAAUUAUUUUCAUUUUUUAAAUGAAUAGACAUGAUCUUCCUCAUUGUAUGCGAGAUGUAUGCUUUCUUUCUUGGGAGCCAGAGGACAAAUCUCCUUCAUCCCCCACCUGUCUCCCCCUAAAUAAAAUUCAUUAUUCAUACACAAAUAGUGGUGAGUCUAUUGGAAUUAACCUUGACAAAAAUGUUUUCCUUACCUUUCCAAUGAAUAGCAUGGAUAAGAUGGAGUACCAUCUUCAGAAUUGAACAAGAAAAGACAGCAUUAGAGGAUGAACUUUUUCCUUUAAUCUCCAAACAGUCUGUGAUUUAAACUAAGACAUAAAGAUUAUCUCCAGUAACUGCCUGGUCCAGGAAACCUGAGCUGUACUGAGGUUCCUCCUUCCCUUCCUCUCCCUCUCCCCAGUAUAUUCCAAAGUAAAGGACUUUCUCAGGAAAAUAAGUCAGAUUUCCCUCCCCUCCUUCCCUGGGAAAUGAAUGUGUCUCUUUUGUCAGUUUUUAUUUCUGUUUGUUUUUGAAGUGCCUUGUGUUUGCUAAAGAUGGGUCAAGAGCACUGGAGGAGCUGAUCAGUGGCCUUUCUCUUUCUGGCUUUUGUUUUUCUUUUCUUUCUUUCUCUUUCUUUCUUUCGUUCUUUCCUUAAAGCCAAGGUGUGCCAGAGGUGAUGCACUGAUGCUGAGGAGGCAUCAACAGCUAUGGGACUCUAAUCCUCUCCCAUGUAAGCACUGGCAGUGUCUGCAGAGAAAGACCGUGAGGCGCUGAAGCAGAGUUUAGCUGCUGUUCAGCAGGUCACCUGCUCACUAAGGCUCAGAUUGCACUGUUCCCUAAGCACAAAACAUGAACCAGUCCCGAUGGAUUGAAUGGAGGACUCUGAAUAUGAGCAGUAGUGUUAUGAACAUAUCUGAGCACCUCUCCUGCCCUCUCGGAUUUGGUCACUACAAUGCAGUUGACAUCUGUAUCCUUGAGACAGUCGUUAUUGUCUUGCUAACAUUUUUAAUUAUUGCGGGUAACUUAACUGUGAUAUUUGUUUUCCACUGUGCUCCACUCCUGCAUCAUUACACCACCAGCUAUUUUAUUCAGACCAUGGCCUAUGCUGAUCUUUUUGUUGGAGUCAGCUGCUUGGUUCCUACUUUGUCACUGCUUCACUACUCAACAGGUGUCCACGAGUCCUUGACUUGUCAAGUUUUUGGAUACAUCAUCUCUGUGCUCAAAAGCGUAUCUAUGGCAUGUCUUGCUUGCAUCAGUGUGGAUCGCUAUCUCGCUAUAACAAAGCCUCUCUCCUAUAACCAACUGGUCACACCUUGUCGCUUGAGAAUCUGCAUCAGUCUGAUCUGGAUAUACUCUUGCCUGAUCUUUUUGCCUUCUUUUUUCGGUUGGGGAAAACCUGGUUACCAUGGAGAUAUUUUUGAAUGGUGUGCUACCUCCUGGCUAACUAAUGCCUACUUUACUGGCUUUAUUGUGUGCUUACUAUACGCUCCUGCUGCCUUUGUCAUAUGUUUCACCUAUUUCCACAUCUUUAAAAUUUGCCGGCAGCACACCAAAGAGAUCAGUGAUCGGAGAGCUCGAUUUCCCAACCACGAAGGGGAUGCUGCUGGGGAGGCUGGGCACAGCCCCGACCGCCGUUAUGCCAUGGUUUUGUUCCGGAUAACCAGCGUGUUCUACGUGCUCUGGCUCCCUUAUAUCAUAUACUUUCUGCUGGAAAGCUCUAGGGUGUUGGAAAACCCAGCACUCUCCUUCCUAACGACGUGGCUUGCUAUAAGCAAUAGUUUCUGCAACUGUGUGAUAUAUAGCCUCUCCAACAGCGUUUUCAGGCUGGGACUACGGAGGCUGUCAGAGACAAUAUGUUCAUCUUGUGUGUGUUCAAAAGACAGGGAUGUACGGGACCCUAAGCCAAGGAAACGGGCUAAUUCCUGCUCCAUUUAAAGAAAACUGGUGCAUGUAAUCAAAUGCUGAGUUUUGAUAAUAUUUGUGGUAUCUGGAAACUUGCCAGAGGGAAAUGUUUACUUGAACAGCUUGCCGUGGCAUUAGAGUGAAUUUAAGAGGGAUCCUGGAAAAAGCAAAGGCAGCUGUAAGAAGGGCCACUGAACUCUUGUGAAAUUGUCAGGAGAGCAAUUCAACAGAGGUGAUGAAGAAAGUCAGAACAAAAAAUCUUCUAAAGGGCAUGAAGCAACUAGCACAUCAGAGGAGGUUCUUUGUAAAACAAAUUAGUUAGUUACUAUCUUACAUUUUCCCCUGGUAGACAAGUUGUCUUUGUGUCAGAGUAUACUGUAGCCUUCAGAUUUUUAAUGCAUUUAAGAGGAAGCAAUCAACAGCACAGUAUGCAGCUAUCCGUAAAUUAUAUACUUGAGGACUGUAGUAGAUACUGCAGGUAAUAAUCAGCUCUAUCUUUGCUCACGUAUUGUACAAUUUCCAGUAUGCAGUGCAUAAACCCUACCCUGGGCACGAUGCUUUGGGAUAAACUGGCACCUUGUGGUACAACUUGCACAGCAACCCUCUCUCUCAUUUCCCCUUUUUUCCCAUGCUGUGCAUCCCUCUAUUCCAUUGUAUGCAGGUGGGUGAGUUUGAGGGCACCUGUGAGGUUACCUGAGUUCCAAACCAUUCUCUCUGCAGGAAGCAGUGGCCCUCCCUGGCUGGCUGCAACUGCCCAUGUACAGUGAUUUCUCCAGUCAUUCACUGUCCUGACCUAUUUCAGUCAGCACGCAGUGUUGAUAUCAUGUCCUUUAGGGUGUACUGAAGUUUUUCCUUACUGAUUCCACAGGUGCUCCUAAUGCAGAUAUGAUAGUGGCACACAGCAGUGUGCAGCACUAGUUAGAAAAUUUACAAUAAAUGACCCUUUUCUUUGGGAAAUCUAAAGAGCUUACUGUUGUAGCUGUCAGUCUGUUGUGUGAACCUCACUUGCACAUACCGUAUCUUUUUAAGAGAAAACAUAAAUUGUGGUCUGUGCCUAAUGUUUUUCAUAGCACAUGGAGUAGGUCAAUGCUACAGGAUCAAAAAAUUUACACUUGCUUUAAGAGAAAUACUUCUGUGCAGCUCUUUGUUAGACAAGUGCUCUCAGAGGAGGUAAACAAGACAGUUUGUUGUUAAAUGCAGGCCGAGAGCUUCGGUAUGUCCUUUUGUACUGAACUGACUUUCAAGUUCAGUACAAGUCCACUGAUGAAAUCUUUUUGAUUUUGCAAAGGCACACAUAAGGUUUGUGUAAUAAAUUGCCAGGGGUUCAGAUGCAUGCCAGUCAAUACAAUAUUUAAAUUAUAACUUUGAACCAAAUGUAAUUUCCUUAGAUGGUUAUUGGCUUUUAAAAAAAGGCCCAAUUAUUGAUUAUUGGUGCCUUUUAACACUGCACUAUUAUUCCUUCUUUCACCAAAAUGCGUAUGUAAAGAUUGUGCCUAUUACUUUUUGUAAUGAAAGCUGACCACGUGUGCACACUUGUGGUUUACUCUAGAGCUCCCUUAAUUCUGUAUUCUUUGUUCUGUUGAGGUGGUUCUGAACCCCUAUACAUUUUUUUUAAACCUGUAAGAAAGUUGAAACAAUGGAAUAAAGUAGUAUUGUGUCAAUAAAACUCAGCCUUGGCGUUAGUUCCCUGAUACUGCACUCUGUUCUCUGGGAAAGUCCUUUUGGGUUAGGACUCAAGUGAGCAAUUUCAAAUCCAGAUUUCCAAGCUGCUUUCUUAAUGUCUAAAAUGUUCAUAUUCUGGUUCCUGGCAUUGCACGUCAUCAAAGUAGAUUCAAACAUAGCUUGAAACAUUCCUCGAGCUGAGUUGUUGCUGAUACCCAGCUGUCACAGACAUAAGGGAAAAAUUAGUAUCCUUUGCAUGGAUCUUGUAAUGCUCCAUGUCUCCAGGAAUGUAUUUGCUGCCUUCUUUUGACAAGUUCAUGUUUAUUUCAAGAGGCUCUUUUGGCUCACUGCUGCUCUGUAUGGUUGUGUAACCCCAACUCUUCGUACAAACAUGACUUGGAUUCAUUUAGUUUUUUCAUUUGUUUAUCAUUUUUUCCCUGCUGAGUAGGCCCUUAGCAAGCAAGGCUUAGACAAGGAGCAAUGAAAUAUCUUCUCACAUUUCACAGGGCUGGUUUCUUACCAGUAAAGUCAUGUUAUAUCUGUGCUCCAGAGCUGGCCACUCAGAGCUUCUGAUUUUCAUUAGCAUGUCUGGUUUCUAUGGGACCUCUGGAAUCCAAGAAAAGUUCUAGAAGCAGGUGCUUAAAGUCAAACUGACAUUUACUGAACCCAUGCUGUGGGUAGCAGAUGUGUUGUGGCUGUGGUACUGUAACUCCAGAUGUGUCAAACACCUGAGCAAACUCAUUUGGCUCAGUUGUGCCUUAGUUGAACCCUGUUUGUGCGACCUCAGCAAGUGCAGUUGAUGUACAGCCACUUGAAGUUUUAUUGCCUGAAAAUGGUGGGGCAGGGGUAGGGCUUGGCCUCAGGGGCUGCACCACGAAGUUUGCUCACCCUGAGGGGCACUGUCAGCAAUGUGUUCCUCUUUGCCAUCAUGUUUAUGUUUGGAUUUAUUGGGUGGAAUUAGAGAUUUCCUUUUUCCUCAGGCUGUGCUUGGAGGGAGAGAAUGUAACAGAAAUCCAAUACCCUGGAACCAACUUGUGGGUUCCAAGGUUCUUCACCUCCUUUUUAAAGUUUUUUGGUUUAUUGAACACUGGCUUCAUGUUGUUGGUGCAGGAACACUAAUUUGCUUCCCUGGACUCUGAAUUUCAGCUGUUGUUAAGUCACAUCUCACCGUAUUCUCUGUAAGUCUCCUGGAAUCUGUCAAACAAAACAUCCUCAGCAAAUUUAAGUAUUGCUUUUCUUCUUUGGUUCCCAGGUGACAGGAUUUGACCUGGUCAGUCACAUGAAUCUUUAAAUUUAGUAUGUGUGUUUCAUUUUAUGCAUGUGUUUUCUAAACUCAUGAUUUAAAAAUUUUAUUUUAGGGACAUUUUGUUACUGUUUACUAAUACUGUCUGAGGAUUCCAGCUGGUGCUAAAUUCUGUUCCAGAAUUAGAAGGCUGGGCAUUUUAACAGAUUUAAAGAGUCACAGAAAUUCCAGUCGCCCAAUCUGUCACUUUUGAUUUUUGUUCUGUCAUUAUAUACAGUUGCAUAUUCUUGUAGGAAAACCUGAUUAAAUAAUGUUACUUUUAAAGCUGGCUCCCGCUUUCAUGUGCCUAAAGAUCUUUAUGAUUUAUGAAAUACCUGGUAAAUAGGAGACCAGACACUGGCAAGAGAAGUUGCUGUGAAAAGAAUCAUUGUUGAUAAUGCAGGUAAUAAAAAGGAAACAGAUAUAAAAUACUAAACAAAAAAAAUGAAGCUAUAUGCUUGAUAGAUAAGCAAAACAGAUAUACAUAUCUAUAGAUACAUAUAUAUGUGUGUAUAUAUAUACACAAUAAACUCCUUUAGGCAGGCAGAUUAUGUUUUGCUUUUACAUUUCUCUGGGAUGCUUAUAUUUGCAGCAUACCAGGGGCAAUGUCAAGGUCAAUUACCUUACCAUUUUUGGAACCUCAUGUCUGCAGCCUAAGGAAAAGUCCAAAAAACUGUGUAAUGGCAACAAAAAAAAAACUACCAGAGAAGUAUUUUUUUCUUCACCACAUUCUGUGUGCUCCCUUAUUUUCUGGCUAAGUAAAUUUUUUCUUUUAAGUACUAUUCUUUAACAGGAAAGAGAACUGUAGUGAUGAAAAACACACAUUGCUAUCUUCUAAGGUUUACUUAUUGUCUCAUAGUAAGAUAUUCUUCUGUUUCUGCUUAAGAAUCCAUUUUGUAAUUGUACUUGGUAAAGCAUGAAGUACUAUGCAAGUUUUAUUUUUGUGCAGUCUUUGUGCUUCUUCUGUUGAAAAGUUGGGAAAAUUUGCUUUAUUGACCUGCCUUUCACAGGUAGUUUAGUAAGACCUUUUAAAAAUAGUGAGUUUAUUGGUUUUAUGAUUAAUUUUCAUUCAUUAGUGUUUGGCAAUGAAAUAUCCUUGAGUACACUUAGUUUUACACUCAGCAAAAUCAGUAAAAUGUCCUUUUAUGGGUAAAUGAACUAAGCAGUCAAUAUUAGAAAUUGAGAUUUAAUGAUGAGUUAUUUCAAUAGCUAUUUUAUUUCAAUGUGGAGCUGUUUUAUCUUUCCAUAUUACAGUUGUAGCUAACAAGAUAAAUAUACAGAUUCUUUCUUUUUGAAAGUUGGUGUUGGGAUGGUGGGAAUCUGUAUCUCUGAGCUGUUCCCAGGGUGGGAGUAUCCCUUUAUUUAUCCCUUUAUUUAGCGGCGUUCCAGCUCAGUUGCAGCACGCUGGGCAGCACCAGGGUCCUGGAGCUGAGUGUGCCAGGGAGCAGUGCCAGGGUUUCUGCAGGCUGGUGUUGCUGUGGGGGAGGAAUGUCACUGAAGGUGGCAGUGGCCUCCCCAGCCAUCCACCAGGACCAGCUGAUUUGCAGAUCUUUCACUUUUAUUGUCCCUGUCACCCAAAGGAGGAGUUUAAGCCAUUGACUUCAUCCCUGCCCCCUGUUCCCUCUGGCUCUUUUUCUUAUGGAUAGAAUGGUGCAUCUUCCCGCUGAAGAACUGAAUUUGGUUGAUUUCUUUGGGUAUUUUUCUCUGAAAAUUUUCAUGUAUGUCAUUUGAGUGGACAAACCAAACACUUCUUUGUUAACCAAUUAAUUAGCAGACCUUUCAAAAAAUGGCAGCAUCACUGAGGUGUUGCUUUCCUGUCAUUUGCAGCGUUGCCUGGAACAUUGCUUAAAGGAAGCACUUCCCAAAGAUUACAUGUCUUUUGCUAAACCAAAUACAGAGUUCAAGUAAACCUGAUUUUCCCCCUCAUUUUCCAUAGACAUAUACAAUUUUUUUCUAAUUAUGUACUGAAUUUAUACCUAGAUCUCAGAAUUUUUAGCCAAAGCCAAUGCCAUUAUUGUUGAUGGCAUGAAAGCAAUGUAGAAGGGUAUUUAAGAGGAGCUUCCUACACACGGAUUUUUCUAGUCAUUCUGUAAAGAAAUUACUCCUUUCCCCAUCUGAUAUUAGGACAAUCCCCUGAGCUCCAUGAGCUGUAAAUGCUAAAGGAGUAGGAUGUAAAUGGAGAAGAAGCUGUUAAUGGCUCCAUGCCCCAGCACAGCCCUGGGAAAAUACUGAAAACCCCUCAUUUUUGCAUCCAUAAUUUCUUUAGGCUCCUCCUUUGUGCAAGUACUGUGAAAGGUAGGAUGAAUAUAAGGAACCUUAAUGCUUUCAGCUGCACUGAUGGGUGGCUAGGAAAAGUAAUUUCAGGCAGUAAAAUCUUUGGGACUUUAUCCCAGUCUUACACUGCCUGCUGCCAGCCGUAACCCUCUGGAGCAGACUGUGACAGCAGGGCUGCAGGGUUUCAUUUUAACUGCUGUGUUAAAAUGAAAAAAAAAAGGUGACUGGGAGCAAAAUGAAACUUUUCUAAGUGCAGUGAUUACCAGGGAAAAGAGUUUCUUUUUUCCUGUGCGAUGUUCAUCCCUGCCUCAAAGCUCACAAUCUAAAACUGACGGCUGGCAGUGUUAGAAAAAGAGACAAACACCAAGCUUUUGAGAAGGGGAAGCUCUGAGAUUUCAGUGUCAUCACCUGAGGGCACUUCUGCAACUUGACAACAUUGUUCUUUGUUAUCUUUAAAUGAAAUGUAUUUUUUUUCCUUCUUCUAGAUAUUAUUUCAGUAAGCACAAAUUCUUCUCGUCAUAGAAAAAAUCCAUUUUAUGAGAUAUCUAAAUGAGGGACUGGGUAGUGGUUUGGGCAAGUAUAACAGAGGGUCCCAAGUUACUUGUGAAAACAUGUUCUACUUCAAAUUUCAUACACUUUAGGCAGGAACAUCUUCAAAUACCUGUUCCAGUCUUUGUAUCAUCUCUCCAGUGCUGUUUAUGCUUGUGCAGAUAUUAAGGAGAAGUCCUUUUUGUGGAGCAGCUAAAUUUAGAAUUGUAAAUGGACACAUUAUGUUUUCUGUAAUAGAAUAGAUUUGUUCUGCUUUAGGAAAGACACUGGGUAAACCUCCUCGUACCUUGGCUGUUUGGGGUCAUUGGCAGCUCUGCACAAACCCAUUUUUGGGUACUGGUGUGUGGGGUGAACUUAUGUAUGUGCCUGUCAUCCUCUACAGAAUGGGUUGAAAGACAGCUGGAGGCAAUAAUGCCUUAAACUGCCUCAGCAAGACUUUUUCAGAGCUGUGGUUAUCAGAGUUUUUAACAGUAACGAAAUUAGUUGUAAUUAAAAAAAGAUCUAUAUGCUGUGAGUAAUGAGUUGUUACCAGGUCAAGAACAGAGUAGUCUGGUUUUAUUUCUGUGCCCUCAACAUGCCAAAAGGAUCUCCAUAUUAGAAUUUUAAUAUAAUCAGUAGAUUUUUCAGGCACUGCAAUUUUUAUAGGGAGUUUUAAUGCAACUGCAUAUACAAAAGGAUUGUAAAUGGUCAUAUAAUGGCAAGAUUUCAGUGGCAGCUUUUCCUGUAUUUCAGGGGCUUUGGGGAGCACUUUGUGGCUCAAAUUAGGUAAGUUCUAAGCGUGUGCUGAAAUUACCAAAGCCAAGAUGGCAAACACAGGCUGUAAAUGCAAGAUGUUGAUCCAAAACUACUUUCCCUGUAAUACUGGGUAUUUGAUAUUGUCCAGGCAAUUAUAUCAUGUUGCCUUACAGAAAAGAAAGAAAUCUACCACAUGUGAGCAGAACUACAUGCUCUCCUAAUGAAAUUACGUUCAAGAUUUUUGAUUUUUUUCACUCAGGACUCACACAUUUUCCAUGAUCUCUUACUUUGGGUGCUUCUAACCAAUUCAUUAUUUUCUAGCUGUGCUUAAUUUGAUCUCGGGUUUUUUAAGUUCAAUUUUAAAUUUUGAGUUUUCAAUCCCGUUUUGCUGGUUUGUAGCUGUGUUCUUCACUUGACUCCUGUAAAAACUUUAUGGAGUAUUGGAAAGGUCAUGUCCUUGAAGGGGGCUGCAUCCACUCUGAAAUGUACUCAGGCUGCAUUCCAUUGUGUCUGAAAGAAGGUUUGCUGUUCACCACAUUUCAGUGUCUUGGCAAGAGCAUCAGUGACAGAUAAGUUCUCUAAUGUCCUCUGUUGGGCUGAAACAUUUGCCUCUGAUUUUGUUUGUAAAUAUUGCUAACUAAAGAAACUAUUUUGGUGGUGAAUCAGUAUUUUGGAUGGGGUUUAUGGAGAUAAUUUAUCUCUCUGUUGUAUUUCCUCUGGUUCUAAUGGUGGAACAGGAAGGUUAUUACUUAAAUGCUGCUGGAAGUUCUGUCCACUUCCCCACCUUUUUUGGGAAAAGUAUGUCUGUGGUGGUUGGUCAUUGAUACAAUUGGACUUCAGUGAUCUUAUUUUAUGAAAUUUAUCGCAUUAGAAAUGCCUGUAAUUUGAAAAUAAAAAUCAUAACAAAGUGCUCUUGUAAUAAUGGUAUUAAUUUUGUUUAAAAAUAAAUUAUACCAAUAUGAAAAUUCUUUACAAUGGUAUAGAGACAUUUGAAAUGUGUUUUAUGUGAGGAAUACCUGCUGAUAAUUUGUUUUGAUUUCUGGGGGAAAUAAAAUUCAAGAGAAAAAAUGUAAAUAUUAUUUCUGAAGAAAAACAGGUCUUGCUUUUCAUAAAAUGAUAAAAUGAAUUUAAUCUGCUUUAUGUGAGGGAAUUUUGGGUUUCUGUACAUCACCUUGUAGAGAUGAUAGUUUAAGGAGCCAUGGCUUACCAAAAAGUGUUGAGAUAUUUAUAAUUAUAAAAAUAAUAAUAAGAUUACUGGAAAUCAUCUCUACCAUCACCAUGAUGUGCCUAGACCUUGAAUCCCAGCUGUAACUAGUCCAUGGUAGCACAGCUGGAAGGAAUUCUGAGGAAUGGCAAAGGGAGAGUUAGAGUCUCUAGGAAUUUCCAUCUUAGAAAAGAGGAUUAAGAUACAGGGGAGUUUGAGAAAUCUGUGAGGUUGGUACUGUCCUGGGGGAGAACUGGGUGUAAUUACCCACUGUUUAAAAAAAAAAAAAAAACAAAAAGAUAAACAACCAGGG